UAAACAGGUGGAGUGUCUGAGAUGAUAUUCACCCAGAAAGUGCCUUGUUCUCCUUCCAGGGAAAGUGAAUUUUACAAAUUCUGGAUGUUUCUCCUACAGUUGAUUUCCUUCUAUACCAAGAAAUGACCAUUUCUGUUCUUUCUUGAGUAUUAUAUUUGUACUUAAGCCUAGAUUGGUCAUUGUUUAGAUGUGUUUGAGCAGUUUUUUACUCUAAAAAGGACUUUGGGCUUGUGGGAACUCAUUCUUGGUCUACACUGACAUCCAGAAAUCCAGGGGUUCCUGUUCCUCUGGGCUGGUGCUUACCUUUUCCAACCAAAUAUUGAUUUGUUAUAUAGCCCUUCAAGGGUUUUUUUUUCCUGACUGAGAGUAGAAAUGCUGCCUUGGUGAGAUUGGUGAGAUGUCCAAGAAGCAGUAGGUUUCAUCUUUCCUCAGCCUGCCUGGCCUUUGGUGAGCUUGGGAGUGUUGACAGAGUCCUGAGCCUUCCUGGCAGAGAAGGAAGGUCAGAAAGAGAGACGUUCAUAGGCAGGGGGCCAGGUCCCUACCUACCUCGUUACAGAGAAUUCAGCGUGUGUCUGCUUGGCAGGGCGCACCUGAUCACAGAGUCCCAGCAUUUCAGCAGUUUACAAAGGAAAGUGACAUGAAGGGACAGCUGCACGUCAACCACAACUUAGAUCUGAGGCGAUCAAGCAUUCAUUUCACUUGGAAGAAAUAGAGAAGGAAGGAAGCCCAGGGCUUAGCAGGAGACAUUUUGUAUUUGCUGGUGAAUUAGAGAAAAUUAGAUGGGCCUUCCUGGUCAGGAGACAGAAGAUGACUGUGAUUUAGGUGAAACGUAUGGCUUUUGGUGAAAGGAUGGAGAAAGUCCCUUUUGUUUACUCAGCCUUUGUGGAAGGAAUGAGAGAAGAUAAGCCAGGGAAGAGGACAUCACAGAGUUCCUGUUAGGUAGUGGUCCCCAGGCAUCAGUGGACAGGCCAUGGCUCCACGACCCCGGCGACGAAGGCACAAGAAGCCCCGCUCAUCGGUGGCUUCCAUGGUUGAGACCCCUGUGCCUCUGACUCUCUCAAAACCUGGCCCUAGCAUUGAUGCACUUGGCUUCCACUCCUUGGAGACUAAUGUUCCUGGCCUAUCCCAGCUGAUUCUUCAAAAACUGAACAUGAAAAGCUAUGAAGAAUACAAGUUGGUGAUAGAUGGAGGGACUCCUGUAUCAGACUUUGGAUUUCGAUGCCCUCAAGAAAUGUUCCAGAAGAUGGAGGACACAUUCCGAUUCUGUGCUUACUGUAAAGCACUCCCUAGUGGCCUUUCGGACUCCAAGGUCCUCCGGCACUGCAAGAGGUGCAGAAAUGUCUAUUACUGUGGUCCAGAGUGCCAGAGGUCAGACUGGCCAGCACACAGGAGAGUUUGUCAAGAGCUGCGUCUUGUGGCUGUGGACCGUCUCAUGGAAUGGCUUCUUGUCACAGGUGAUUUUGUCCUCCCCUCAGGACAUUGGCUGUGGCCGACUGAAAUUGUGCAGGGCUGGGACACCUGGUUUUCUAUGCGGCGUUUACAGCUAGAUGCUACCCUGGAUGCUGUGCUGGGUAGUCAUGCCAUGACCACCCUGUGGGCCAGUGUAGGACGGCCAAGGCCAGACCCAGACGUCCUGAAGGGCUCUUUGAAGCGGCUGCUGACAGAUGCCCUGUCACGGCCCUUGACGCUGGGCCUUGGGCUUCGGGCCUUGGGGAUAAAUGUUAAGAAGACUGGAGGAAGCACCAUUCAUGUCGUUGGUGCUUCCCACGUAGAGACAUUCCUCACUCGCCCCGGGGACUAUGAUGAGCUUGGUUACAUGUUUCCUGGGCACCUUGGCUUCCGUGUAAUCAUGGUGGGUGUCGAUGUAGCUGCUGGCUUUUCACAGAGCACUUCAGUGUCACCCCUGGAGCCUGGCACAGUUCAGCUCAGUGGCCAUAGGGGCCUCUAUCAUAACUUCUGGGAGGAGCAGGUACAGACUGGGCAGACCGCCCAUCCAGAUUUGGUGGUGGCGUUCCAUCCAGGUUUCCAUGCGUCCCCGGACUUGAUGGAGGCUUGGCUGCCCACCCUUCUGCUACUUCGUGAUUAUGAGAUCCCUACUUUGAUCACCGUUUACAGCCAACAGGAGCUGGCAGCCUCAUUGCAGAUUCUGGCGGACCUGGAUACACACCUCACUGCCUAUGGAGCUAACCCUUUCACGUCCCUCAAACCUGAACAGGUCUAUUCCAACCCCAACAAGCAGCCAGUAUAUUGCAGUGCCUACUAUAUCAUGUUUCUUGGAAGUUGCUGCCAGCUGGGUCAGGGGCAUUUAGAAGAGAAAGUAGAUGGUGGGGUUUAAAUAGCUGAGCUGGAUUCUGACUGGAUGCCUAGAAAAGAGGGAGGUUGUGAUGAAACUACCCUGCUGAUGUCAGUUUGCUGCCAACUUUGAAACCCACGUUCACUUGUCCUGGUAAAGGUUCUAAGCUGGAUGGAAGCUCCUAUGUGAUGUGACUCAUUUCCAAGAGCUUAGCCACAAAUAGCUUCUAGAGACAGGAUUCUAUACUUAAUGUGUGGCAAGAGGCUUUGCUAUCAGUCUUUCCAGAGCCUGUAGUUCCUAACAGUGUCCUUUGUGAGAAAGUUACACCUUUGACUCAAACAAGGAGAAGAAUGGCACCUUAUUCUGAAAAAUACUUCUUAUCCAGCAGUUUGGGUUAAAAAAUGGAGAUAUGUUCAUGAUCUGAUGUGGUGCAAGAAUGGGCAAGUCAGAGAAGUGGUUGGGAACAUGGGGAGGUUGUAAGGGUGGGCACACUGUUCUGUUUCCUGGCUUUUUCUAGGUAAAUGUUUCAUUUUCCUAUUUUCUGCUAGGAAUGUCUAACCUAGAGCAGCUUUUUGCCCUGGUGACUUUAUUUGAAUAUACUGGAAUUAUUUGUGAAUCACUGUGUCUAUACCACAAUAAACUCAGUUUGGGGCUUA